AUGUCCGACCUCCCACCACCCCCCUACUCCGAAAGCCCCGGCGCCGGCCUCUCGCCCACCCGCCCCGUCGGGUCCCUCAACCCGUCGCUCUACACGUCGCACCUGGCCGCGCACCUCUCGACGCUGCCGGAGCGCCUGCGCGAGUCGCAGCGCGCCCGCUCCACGCGCCAGGCCGCCUCGGACCUGGACGUGGUCGAGCGCGUGCUGCCGCACCUCGAGGCCUUUCUGGCCGACAUCGUCUCGCUGCCGCGCCCGCCGCCCGCGGCAGAGCUGACCUUUGUCCCGGCCGCCGCGGUGCCGCAGCCCUGGGGCCUGACUGGUGGUGGUGGUGGACGGCAAGGACGGCAAGGACGGCGGCGGCGGUAG